UCAUAAUGCUUUCAGAGCCCAAGUGCAGUGACAAUGUCGAAAAUGGAAAUACUCAAGAAAGAGCUGGUGAAAUACGAUUAUGUCCGACUUGCUCUUUGCGAUUUAAAUGGAAUGAGUUGUGGCCAGGUCAUCAGAGGCUGUCAUGCUGCAAAGUAUCUCGAAAAGGGGCUGACUUUGUUUGAGGGUACUUUGGCACUUGGCCCAAGAGGAUAUCCAGUGAUUGUAAGCCAUGAGAACAACCGCUGCCUUGGCAACAUGAAUAUCUUUCCUGAUCCCAACACUCUCAGGCCAAUUCCUUGGGCCCCAGAUGGUGUGAAAGUAGUCGAAAUGUUGUGCGAAUCAAGGUGGAUGAAAGACAACACCCCUCAACUGGCUUGUCCUCGGUAUGUUGCAAGGAAACAAUUUCAAAGGUUAGAAGAUCUUGGGUUUGAUUUGUAUUCUGGCCAUGAAAUUGAAUUUACAAUCCUCGAUGAAACCUUGAAGCCAGUCUUUUAUGGUGCUGACGCAUACAGCCAUAAGCUAAUGAACAAACAUUACAAAAUCAUUUUUCACUUUGAUAAGAACUUUCAAGAUUCCAAGAUUGACGUUGAAAGAUACCAUUCUGAAUGUGCCAAUGGGAUGUUUGAAGCUGUAACAAAACCAAAGUAUGGAAUCGAGAGUCUCGAUAUGGCCUUCAAUCUUCAGGAAGGCCUCCUAGAAAUGGCGGAUCUGACCAAUUGUACAGUCACCUUCAUGUCCCAUCUUGCAGACAGGGAAAUGGGGCAAUCCAAACAUUUCAAUUUUUCUCUCUGGACUAAGUCGGGAGAAAACGUAUUCUACGAUGUUGAUGCUGCAGACAAAUUGUCUGUUAUUGCCAAACAGUUUAUUGCUGGUGUCCUUAAGCAUAGUAAAGCUCUCUGCGCAUUCGCAAACCCUACCGUCAAUUGUUAUAGGAACAUUGGCAAGUUUCUUUUCGCUUCGUCAGUCAACUGGGGAAUAGAAGAUCGAACUGCAUGUGUGCGCGCCAAGAACGACGGUCCUUUGAGAACAUACAUUGAAAACAGACUUCCAAGUUCAAAGAGCAACGUAUAUCUCGUGGCUGCAUCUACUAUUGCUGCUGGACUGGAUGGAGUCAUCAAGAAGAUGGAGUGCCCACCCCCAGGGAAAAUAGAACACAAUGAAUUACUUCCCCGUUCUCUGAGUGAAGCUCUAGACGAACUGGAAAAAGAUGAGGAAUUGUGUGAUGCUUUGGGGAAAGAACUGGUGACAUGGUUUGUCCAGAGCAAGAGAGAUGGGGAAAUUGCCAAGUAUGAGGGUGUUGAAACUGACGAGGAACGAUUUGCUAUUGAGAAAAAAGAAUAUCUGUAAAAUUAUUUCACAAUGUAAGAGGAUAUAUGUUAGAACCAUUUUGAUAUGUUUCCUUUGAUUUUGAAACAUUUAUAAUUAAUGGAGAAUUAUAUGAUUUUUGUGUGCUGUUGUAUUUCGUAAUGGAAGAUAAGGUAUAACCCUGCUACAUAUAUAGAGCAACCAAAGUAUACAUGGGUAUAAGGUUAAUGUGGAUGUAUGGAUAAUGUGGUAGGUCGAAAUAUAAUGUAUGUUUUGUUCGUUGUCUAACAAUAGCGCUCAGCAAUAUUCCAGCCAUAUGAAUAAUUGAUUCUGGACCAAAUUAUCCAGUGAUUCAUCAUUAACACAUGAGAUACCGUUGGUCACUCUUAUGACAAUCGUGGGUUGUUAAAGAACAAAUAAACUCUGUUUUUUUGUACUCUGUUAACUAUUACAUAUGAAUGAUUUGUGGUAAGUCUUAUGCAGAACACCAAAUUCAUUCUUAAAAUACUUGUGGUUAAUCAAUACCGAGCGAUUAAAAGUUGCCAAAAGGUCGCCCG